GAGAAUAAGAAUUCACGAUAUCUUACAUGACUGGUGCAUAGAAGAGGCAAGACAAGAUGGUUUUCUUGAUGCCAUCGACAAAACUGCAGAAAUUUUUCUCCACCACCACCUACAAGGAGUGUGCGACUGCAGCAGAAAGAGCUACAGAGCUUUGUGUUGCAUCUUGAACCUGUUGGCAUUGGUUUCCGCUGUCAUGACAUGAUGAUUUUCUUGGGCCAGCUGAAUCAACUAACAACCUUCUCCUUGUCGAUGCUCCCCAAUAUACCAGUGGAGGUGCUCAACAUAUUUGCAAACAUGCCUCACCUGGUUGAUAUUACUCUUGACCAAUUCGGUGUGCUGGAUAAGCUGCCUGCUGAGUUCCCCCAAAGCGUACGUCGUCUUGUUCUACAUGCUAUUGUCAUAAAACAAGACCCGAUGCCGAUCCUGGAGAAAAUCCCCUGUCUUGUGGUUUUGGAGUUGAGGGGGUACAAAGGCCAGACCAUGUGCUGCUCUGCCCAAGGGUUUCCUCGGCUGCAAGAGUUAGAACUUGGUAAUUUUUCCACCGAGGUGUGGAGGAUGGAGGAAGGGGCAAUGCCAAAGCUCUCCCACCUGGAACUUUUGCAGUGCAAGAAGAUGAGCAAGCUCCCGGAAGGAUUACUGCACCUUCCAUCCCUCGGUCACCUGAAGCUGAGCUAUAUGGACCAGAUUUCUGAAGAUGACAUCACACUAAAGGAGCUGCGGCGGAAAGGAUGCGAGAUCUGUGGGACGCCAGGAAUUCAUCUUCAUUCUCGUCUAAAAUCUGGCGCCCACCUCACUCCCCACACUCCAAUCCUCAGUUGUCCCCUUCCGAUUCAUUCUCGAACCCAUCUCCGUCCUCGCAAUCCUCAUGAUACCCCACUUUCCUUCUCCUCCCUCCCUUGAAGGACGCCAUAGGCGAUUGACAUGACAGCCUCUCUCCUCCAAUGGCCCCUCGCUCCUCCUGCUUCUCCAUCUAGAAUCUAGAUAAUGAUGCCGUCGGAGAGGCCGCUGCUCGCUCCACCACACAUCAGGAGACGGUCAUCAAUCGAAAAAUUUGUAUAUGUAAUGAUCAAUUUGUACUAUUUUAUAACAAACAAAAAGACUGUUCUGUUAGCGGACUCAUGAUGUCAUCCGUAAACUCUUGGUAUAUAUUUUU